UUUCACCCGGAAGUGAAAGCUUUGUAUCAAUGGCUACUCCCGGUAGUCUCACUAUGAAUUCUGAACUUGUAGAUCAGUUUAUGGCUGUUACGGGAGCUGCUCGUAAUAUAGCUAUAAAUCUUCUAGAAGCAUGUUCCGGAAAUUUAGAUCUUGCUGUGGGUAUGCAUAUUGACAGUGGAGGGGCUGGACCAUCUAACAGAGACAGGGAUGAUGGUUUGCAUGCUGUAUCUGAUGAAAGGGAUGAUGUUAGAGCUCCUAUCCCACAGAGAACUGAAGUAUUAGUUGAAGAAGACACAAGCAAAAUAGCCAAUUGGAGAAUGAGAAGACCCAGGCGACAAGCACCUUCUGUAUUUGAUGGCUUUAGAGAUUUUCAGUCUGAGGCCUAUCAUUAUGAUGAAACAUUAAAGGGAAAGAAAGCAUCAAAAAAGAGAAAUUUGGAAGAUUUAUAUCGCCCUCCUGUUGACAUCACAUAUAAAGGAACAUUUCAAAAUGUAAGAGAUGCUGGGUCAGUCCAAAACAAAUGGUUGCUAGUCAAUGUACAAAAUGUACAAGAAUUUCCUUGCCAGUUACUCAACAGAGAUGUCUGGAGUAAUACAGAGGCCCGCAAUAUCAUCAAGGAAAAUUUUCUUUUCUGGCAGGUAUACAAUGACAGUGAAGAAGGCAAGCGUUUCAUGCAGUUUUACAAGUUAAAACAAUGGCCUCAUGUUGCUGUCAUUGAUCCAUUUACAGGAGAAAGUCAAGUUGUAUGGAACAAAAUAUCAGAUGGGACUGUUUUUUGUGAAAUUGCUAAAGAUUUUCUUGCCUCCUGUCCAGUACCUGACACUAGUAUUGCAUCACCUCCAAUUAAAAGAUCUAAAAGAGAACCAUCUAUUGUUGAUGCCAGCGAACAGGAACAGAUGGAAGCAGCAAUUAAAGCAUCCUUAUGUGAAAUACCUCGCCCACCCAGUUCUCCACAGUAUAUAUUAGAUUCAGACUCCGAACUGGAUAAUGACUCUGAUUCUGAUGAUGUCAUAAUGUCUACACCCCCUGGGUCAUCCAAUGGCCAUAGCUCAUCAAAACAUGAACGUUUAAAGCAGUUAUCUCCAUCUGCUACAAACAAUUUGUCUUAUGCUCAGCCGGAGAAAUUUGAAGCAUUAAAAGUGACUGGCCCUGCAGAUAAAUUACAGGACAGUCAUCGCCCGCUUCAAGUAGACACAUCACAUGAAGACCCAUGGGAUAUAUUAGGCGGUUCAUCCAGGCAGCAAGCAGCUCAAGGUGUCAGUGUGUCAGAGAACUCAUGGAAAAAAUAUUGGGGACAUCCCUCAGAUCCACCAAGUCGAAUUAUGAUGAGAUUUCCAGAAAAUAAAAAAGAGCAGAUUGAAUUGCCAUCUUCUUCCCAACUCAAAGCUUUAACUGAACUUUGCAAUGCCAAAGGUUUCCCAUCUGAUAAGUAUGAACUUGUGACAAAUUUUCCUCGACGCAAACUGUCUCAGAUGGACAGCACAACAACUUUAAAGGAUGCUGGUCUUUUCCCUCAAGAAACUGUGUUUGUGCAGGAUUUGUGAUGGGUGCCCUGUUUAAAUGGCCAUAGAGAGACUAAAGAAUUCAGUUCACUAGGUGGAGUGAAACAAACAUAAUUGUACAUGUGUACACUUCGUUUAAAGAGGUCCAUCAUUACAUGUGUACACAACAGAUAAAUUAUUAACUAAAGAAAAAACCUGGAUAUUUUUAUGUAUUGGGAUACAAACUUCACUGGUAUCAAUACAAUGUAUAUAUGUAUUUAUAUAAAAUAUUUCAAACUACAAAAGAUACAGUUAUAGUUAUAAGUUCAUGAAUGCAUGUGAAAUACAAUAUGAAUGUCUUCAUUUUCACUCCUUAUUUAUGUUCAUCCCCAACUUGAACAGUUGUCCUGCCACUUCCUCUAGUGUCACUUAACUCAGGUUACAUUCACAUUAACUUUAAAAACAUGUUUAGCUCCAUUUAUCUUUGUUUAUGAUAUAUUGGGCUCAGUUUUGCUGAUUAUCCUGACAGAGAUGUAUAUGAUACUACUAUUAACUGACAUUAUUAUUGCGUUGUUUCAAUAUUUUAAUGCUGUGGACAUAUUGGUGCUACUUAUGUUCCUUAAUAAUUGUGAGUUGCAAAUCAAAAACUAGCUGUCACUAAUCCUUACUAUAUGUGAGUUUUGUUUAAUGCACCAUACUCAAGCAUUAUUUCUAGGGAAAGUUUUUUUUUAAAGGUUGUAAUCAAGAUCUUUGUUAAAUAGCUGAGACGGUUUUUAUAUCAAACAUCUGCCCUUGUUCUCGCAACAUUUCAAAAUAACUAACAUCGAUAAUUUAUGGGGGCUUAAGGGGAGUGAAGAAAUAGUUUACAUGACACUAGGAUUUGUAUUAGGUUAAAUAUUAACUUGUUUACACUUUUUUUGAAUUUAUUCUAUAAUUCUACCACAAUUAUAUGGGCGAACAGCUGAAAUUUUA